AUGCGUUUUAAUUUUACAACUCACUCGGCAGCGAAUACAACGCCGGCUGCAACAGCAACGACCACGGCGACGGCCAGGUCCAAUGAGAAGUCCGCCAAGCCACUCAACCGACCAACGACCAUCGAGGAGGACCCCGAUUCGCUGGACAGUGUGAUCAGCAAUCCGCAGUCGUAUCCCAUAACGAUUGUGCCCAAUCGUCCGGCCAGCUUUUAUGGCCUCUCCUCCGCCAAUGGCAAAGCCUUUCAGCGACAGCCCAGCUGCAGAUCUCGCAACUUUCGGCCUGGCAGCAUGCGACGCGUGCGCCGACGCGCCGUCUUCAAGAACGGCGACUGCAAUGUGGUGCAGAAGCAUCUGCAGCGCAGGCGGGUGCGCUUCCUCCAGGACAUGUACACCACGAUGGUGGACUGGCAAUGGCGCUGGACACUGCUGGCCUUCGCAAUGAGUUUCAUACUGUCUUGGCUGUUCUUUGCACUGAUCUGGUGGCUCAUUAUGUAUACGCACGGUGAUCUCGAGGAGCUGCACCUGCCGCACAACCAGGAGGAGUCCGGCUGGGCGCCAUGUGUCUCGGCCAUUGACGGCUUUACCUCCUGCUUCCUGUUCUCGAUCGAGACGCAGCACACGAUCGGUUACGGCGUGCGCACCACGUCGCCCGAGUGCCCCGAGGCCAUAUUCAUGAUGUGCUUCCAGUCCAUAUAUGGCGUGAUGUCGUCGGCGUUCAUGGCCGGCAUUGUCUUCGCCAAGAUGACACGCGCCAAGCAGCGUGCCCAGACGCUGCUGUUCUCCAAGCACGCGGUGAUCUGCCAGCGCGAUGGCUGCCUCUCGCUGAUGUUCCGCGUGGGUGACAUGCGAAAGUCGCACAUUAUUGGCGCCGGCGUGCGGGCCCAGCUCAUAAGGACACGCACUACCAAGGAGGGCGAGGUGAUGACGCAGCACUUCACAGAGCUGCAGAUAGGCACGGACGACUCGGGCUCCGACUUGUUCUUCAUCUGGCCCAUGGUCAUCGAGCACCGCAUCGACGAGAACUCGCCGCUCUACAACAUGAAUGCCACCGAUAUGCUGCAGGACAAGUUCGAAAUCGUGGUCAUACUGGAGGGCACCGUCGAGUCGACGGGGCAGUCGACGCAGGCGCGAUCGAGCUACAUCAAUACGGAGAUCCUGUGGGGCCACCGCUUUGAUCCCGUCGUCCUGUACAACAAGGACUUGCAGGCCUACGAAAUCGACUAUGCGCGCUUCAACGAGACCACCCAGGUGGACACGCCCCUCUGCAGCGCCCGCGAGCUGAACGAGAUCUACAAGAUACAGGAAGGCUUCCGCACACCAGAGACGACCUUCACCAUGCGUCAGUUGUCCAACAAUCAUUCCGAUCAGGCCUCAUAAGCAUUUGUGCCGUUCAAACUUUGUUUUCCUAUUUGUUGCUAUCUACAUAUAUACAUAUAUGCAUAGUUUAUAGUAGUUGUAGUUGUUGCCCCUCGUUUGUCAACCAGCCUGCUCCGUGUUCCCCCGUCCCCAACCUCUGCUCAGAUGCACAGCUCACCCAAUCCCUCAACGACCUCCACGCUCUCCAACAGCUCCGGCUACAGUUCCUGGUGCGGCCAUCCGCAGCUGCCGCGUCGCCUGCGCUGGCAGCUGUCGCUGCCCUUGCAGAGAGGCUGUUCUAUCGACACGUGAAACUUACGAUUACUUUUCUUUGAUUACUUACUGCUUACAAAAAUAAGUUAAUAAAUGCCUGAGCUUUUAGUGUACACAAAUUA